AUGGCAACUAGUAACAACAAUUUCGAUGCGGAGCAGCUAGAAAUCUUAGUCAAUUGUGCGAUAUGCUUAAAUCAUUACAAAGACCCACGAAUUCUUCCAUGUUCACACACGUUUUGCUAUCAAUGCAUUCAACAGGCAGUUACUCGUGGACGAUUCGCAUGUCCAUUUCGAGAUGACCUAACAAUCAAUCAGAAUGAGAUCGAUGCACUACCAUUAAAUCGCGUAGUCAAAGACAUGGUUGACUUUGUGAACAGUACCAAUCAAACGCGUAAACAAGAAUCGGCUAAUCUAUGUCAAAAUUGUAGUAAAGCGUCAGCAGUGAAUUGGUGUGAACAAUGUGCGUUUGAUUAUUGUGCAUCGUGCACACAAUCUGUUCAUUCUAUCAAAGCUUUACAGUCACAUACGAUCAUUCCCUCUUCAAAUAAAAGUAUGGCUUUUUGUUUGGAACAUCCUGAUGAGAAAUUUCGAUAUUGGUGUUCACAGUGUGAAACACUUGUUUGUCGGGAUUGUUCGUUGUUGAAACAUAAAGAUCACAUACUUCUAUCGAUGAAUGAAGCAGCUGCUGGGAGAAAAGUCGAACUUGAUGCAACUAUUCGAGAACUUGCUGAAAUGAAACAAAAUCUUAUUAGAUUGUCGGACGAGACCCAACGUAUUAUUCGGCAGCAAAAUGAAAUGAUUCGUUUCGAGAAACGGGCCAUUGAUGACGCAUUUAAUUAUCUUCAACGUUUAUUAGAUGAAAGAAGAGCUACGCUAACGAACAGUUUAGACAAUCAACAAACUCAAACAAUGAGAAUCUUAACUCAACAGCAAAUGAAAAUCGAUGAACAUCUGAAACUAGCGAUUGUUCAAGAAACUUGUGCUCGUAAAGUAUCUGAUUCGUCUAAUCCGAUUGAAAUCUUACAAUCUCAAUCGAAUUUAUUACAAAAUCAUCUGAAUUUUAUCGAACAGUAUCAAAAACUAGAUGAAGGUUGUACCAUCAAGCAAUACACAUUCAAAACUGAUGCUAAAACCCAAAAAUGUUUUGCCGAAACGAUUUCAACGUAUGGCUAUAUCGAAAAGAAAGAUCAGAUUGUCAAAAGAAAUGAUACACCAAGUAGUUCAACGCCAAUAGAUCUUUCAAAACCGAAUGGUACAUCGGCACUUACAGGACGAGAAACCAACUGGGUUCGAGGAUACAAACUUUCACUGAAAAAGCCUGUGAAACUUCAUGCAAUACGAGUAAAAUCAGAUUAUCGUGGACCACAUAUUGGUUUUGUCGUCAACGAAGCUGACAAAGUCGUUCAUCAUAUGACGAUUCAUUCAUUCGACACAAAUAUGAAAUGGGUCACCAUUCCAAUAAAUGGUGAUGUAGCAGAUAACUAUUCAGUCUUUGUUUGGGCUUCGUCUGGUAAUGGAUCGUAUACGUAUAAAGAGGGAGACACGCAAUUCCGUGUCAUCAAUCACAACUGUUCAGUGAAAAGUGUUGCUAUUCAAUGUGUCACAAAGAUUACGAAUGAUUUACUUCUUGCUGUCAUUGACAAUCGUUUUUCGAUCGAUAUGAUAGUGGACAUUGAAGAAAAGUAA